AUGCUUCGUCAAUCUAUUGUUCGCCCUGUGGCCACUGCCAACCGUGCCCUCUUGCAGCGCUCUUUCUCUGUUGCUGUUCCCCGACUGGGCGCCGGUGACACUGGAGCUCCUCGAACCACUGGAGGCAGCACCUCUGGUGACUCAUUUACCAAGCGUGAGGCUGCCCAAGAGGCUAUGUACAUCCGUGAGAAGGAGCUGGAGAAGCUUCACAAGCUGAAGGGCCAAAUUGGCGAGCAGCGCAAGCACCUCGAUGACCUCGAGGCUCACAUUAACAAACUGACCGAGGAGCAGAAGCGCUAA